GCCGAGCUGGGCGGCCAUUUUCCCUUUCGGGGAGGCGAGGCCGGCGGCUCGGCGCCGUCCUCGCCGGAGGGAUGUUCUCCUUGUGUAGCUCGGUGCAGCCCCAGGUUACAGUUCCUCUGAGUCACCUCAUAAAUGCCUUCCACCAACCAAAAAGUUUGGCUGUUUCUGUCACCACCUUGCCUUCUCAGAGUCAGCAGCGGGAUGCAGUUCCUGAGCAUGAGGCUCCCAGCAGUGAGCCCGUGCUUAAUCUGAAGGAACUGGGAUUGUCCGAAUUGAAAGUUAGCCAGCUCGAUGAACUAGUUGACAGUCUCCUUCCUGGCUUUUGUUCAGGCAAUAAAGUUUCUUCCCGAUGGCAUACAUCUUACGUCUCUGCACAGUCCUUCUUUGAAAAUAAGCAUGGUUUCUUAGAUAUAUUUGGUACUUUACGAUCAUCCUGCUUGUACAGACAACACCCCAGAACCAUUCAGAAUAUUUGCUCAGAUCUUCAACGCUGGCCAGUAUUCAUACAGUCUCGGGGCUUUAAGACUUUAAAAUCAAGAUCACGACGUCUUCAGUCCACCUCUGAAAGAUUAACAGAAACACAACAUAUAACCCCAUCAUUUGUAAAGGGGUUUCUCUUACGGGACCGGGGAUCAGAUGUGGAAAGUUUAGACAAACUCAUGAAAACAAAAAACAUACCUGAAGCUCAUCAGGAUGCAUUUAAAACGGGUUUUGCAGAGGGAUUUCUAAAAGCACAGGCGCUUACCCAGAAAACAAAUGAUUCUUUAAGACGAACUCGCCUGUUCCUGUUCGUUCUCCUGCUGCUGGGAAUUUAUGGACUGUUAAAAAACCCAUUUUUAUCUGUACGUUUUCGUACAACUACCGGACUUGAUUCUGCAGUAGAUCCUGUCCAGAUGAAAAACGUCACGUUUGAGCAUGUUAAAGGAGUUGAGGAAGCUAAGCAGGAGCUGCAGGAAGUUGUUGAAUUCUUGAAAAAUCCUCAAAAAUUUACUGUACUUGGAGGUAAACUUCCAAAAGGCAUUCUUUUAGUUGGACCCCCUGGUACGGGGAAGACGCUUCUUGCUCGUGCUGUGGCUGGAGAGGCUGAUGUUCCUUUCUAUUAUGCUUCUGGAUCAGAAUUUGAUGAGAUGUUCGUGGGCGUGGGUGCCAGUCGUAUUCGAAAUCUUUUCAGAGAGGCAAAAGCAAAUGCACCUUGUGUUAUAUUUAUUGAUGAGUUAGAUUCUGUGGGUGGGAAGAGAAUUGAGUCACCAAUGCAUCCCUACUCAAGGCAGACCAUAAAUCAACUUCUUGCUGAAAUGGAUGGUUUUAAGCCCAAUGAAGGAGUUAUUAUCAUAGGAGCUACAAACUUCCCUGAAGCAUUAGACAAUGCCUUAAUACGUCCUGGUCGUUUCGACAUGCAGGUUACAGUUCCAAGGCCAGAUGUGAAAGGUCGAACCGAAAUUCUCAAAUGGUAUCUCAAUAAAAUCAAAUUUGAUCAGUCUGUUGACCCAGAAAUAAUAGCUAGAGGUACAGUUGGCUUUUCCGGAGCAGAGCUAGAAAAUCUCGUGAAUCAAGCUGCAUUAAAAGCAGCAGUUGAUGGAAAAGAUAUGGUAACCAUGAAAGAACUGGAAUUUUCCAAGGAUAAAAUUCUCAUGGGCCCUGAACGUAGAAGUGUAGAAAUUGAUAACAAAAACAAAACGAUCACAGCAUAUCAUGAAUCCGGCCAUGCUAUCAUUGCAUAUUAUACCAAAGAUGCAAUGCCAAUCAACAAAGCUACAAUCAUGCCACGGGGACCAACACUAGGACACGUGUCUCUGUUGCCAGAGAAUGACAGAUGGAAUGAAACUAGAGCUCAGUUGCUGGCACAGAUGGAUGUUAGUAUGGGAGGAAGAGUGGCUGAGGAGCUCAUAUUUGGAAGUGAUCAUAUCACCACAGGUGCUUCUAGUGACUUUGACAAUGCAACGAAAAUAGCAAAGCGGAUGGUGACUCAAUUUGGAAUGAGUGAAAAGCUUGGAGUUAUGACCUACACUGAUACAGGGAAACUCAGUCCAGAAACUCAGUCGGCUAUUGAACAAGAAAUAAGAAUACUUUUAAGGGAUUCAUAUGAACGAGCAAAAAACAUUUUAAAGACGCAUGCAAAAGAGCAUAAGAAUUUAGCAGAAGCUUUAUUGACCUAUGAGACUUUGGAUGCCAAAGAAAUUCAGAUUGUUCUUGAGGGGAAGAAACUGGAAGUGAGAUGAUAAACCUGUGAUGUGGAUUCUUAACUUACAAGAACAUAAAUUCAGCGAUGCAGGAGUCUCCUUAGGCAACAUCGCUCAUUUUCUUUCUUCCUGAUGUGUGUUGUAAUGCACCAAUGACAUUUAAAAGUUAUCAUACACUUUCUUGUGAGUCUUUUGUUACAUGUAUCUAAAUGUUCUUACUCAUAAGGGUGCUUAGAACAACUGAGCUUCCUCUAGCAAACAAUAUAGUAGAAAUGAAGACAUGUCGGACUGAACUCAGCUUGUUUGAGAGACCUCAAUCUGAUCUUGUUGGAAAGUGCAAUGCUGUAGUGUUUCUUUAACUUACUCUUCACAGAUGACUGAGUUGCUAGAAUUAGUUCUAACUAUCCUCCUUAAUUUGUGUGGAAUAUCGUGAACUCAAAACUUAAAAGGUUUAUUAAUAGAACUCAGAACCAUCAAUGGACUAGCACAGAAGAGAUGCAAACCAUAUUUCUACUUUUAUCAGCAGGAAAAUGCAGUAAAAAGCACCAAGUGGUACUGCAGAAAUGCAGUUUACCCAAAAUAGUUACUUUGGCUAGGAAGAAGACUGUGCAGACACACAUCAAAACUCAGAAAAGCAAAAUCUUUUUUUCACUGUCCAUAGGCUCCACAGGGCUGUUUCCAAUCUCUUGUUCAGAGGUGAGAAAAGGACCCUUAAAGUGUGGGCACUGACACAAUUCCACUAGAUAACAAACCAUUCAGCUACCAAGAUACCCAUCUGAUUCCUGUUAGCUUUUGCUAAACAUUAGAAGAGUUGGAUGUUCAUGGGAUGUCAGAACGCGACAAGAGAAUAUGCACCAUGUAUGCUUACUGAUAAAAUUCUUGUAUGCUUUAAUUCAGUAGACAAGGGUUAUACUGUACUUACAAAAGAAUUUCCAAUUGGAGUGGUUUUAUGAUUGUCUGCAUUUCAAAACUGCCCCUGCAAAAAGUACAUGGACUUGAAUGGAAAGGAGGGGUGUAAGUGAAGGGAGACUUUUUAGAAGAUAUUCUUGCCAUUUAAUCUUGAGUUUCAUCCCUACUAGUUUAGUUUAACAUUGUAUUAACCUCCUACUUCAGUAAUGUGAUCAAUGUCAAAUUCUCACAGGAAGGUGAUCAUUUUAUUUGUAGAUUUCAUAUUAGUUGGGAGAAGUAAAAAUACAUCCAUAGAUAACAGACAUUUAAAACUAGAAAUGGGCUUUAGCUUAAAAGAGGUAGUUUAUACCAGCGAAUGUAGAAAAAUUUCUAUCAGGACUGAACAAAAGGGUUUUUUGGUUAUUUUUUUCCAAUCUGCACUAAUGGAUCCCUGUUUUUAGCAGAGAAUGCGGUUUAUUUUUCAGAACUGCUGAAUAUGGCUUUCUAUGUGUUUUGCUAUGUUUUUCCAAUUAGUUUUGUACAGUGUCAUUUCUGGCAUAUUGUGAAAGUUCCUCAAGACUCUUGCUAUAACAGUUUCACAAGGUGGUAGCUGACCUGUUUCAGAUAUGGGAACUUGCUUCAGAUAAACCUAGAAACAACAUGCUUUGCCUUUUGUUUCUGGAACAAUAAAAGAUCCAUUUUAAUUACA